AUGGCGGCGGCGGCUUCUGUCGACGAGAACGUGGACCCAUCUGCAGGUACUUCCGACGACGAGGCUCUCUCGGGAAAAUCCGGCGAGACUACCGGGGAAACCGCCGGGGAAGAGAAAGUGGGGUCGCCGAAACCCGAAGAGCCAGAUGACUCGCUGGACUCUGUCUGGAAGGCAAUCAUGGAGAGCCAGGGGAAGCCCGCGACGUGGCUGCUGAAGAAGAGCGACACGUGGGAUUCACCGCCGAGGGUUGCGGCGGCGGCGGCGGCGGCUCGGGCAGAGGCCUUGCCGCCGGCGCCGGUAGCAGGUUCGUGUCGGCACGAGCUGCGGAAGUCGGACACGUUCAGGGAGAGGGUGCCGUCUGCAAGGGAGAAGCGGACGACGAACCGCGACGAGUUGCAGAAGCGAUCAGACGAGUUCAUAAAGAAGAUCAACAACGACCUGAAAUUGCAGAGAGAAGAAUCGAAUCAGCGUUACAUCGAGAGGGUGAAUCGCGGAGUAUAUUGA